AUGGUCCCCGAAGAUAAGAAUAGACUCCCAUUGGGAGAAUUUUCCAGCUCAAAAAUCAACCGUCUGAUGACGUGUAAGAUGUACGAUAAGCCAGCCAAGACAUUACCAUCAAUAAGAUCACUAAUUCAUCUUUCACCCUACGAGAAAAGACCAAGACAUCCAACAACGACAAACCAUACCCCUCAUCAACAAUCACCAAGGAUUAAAGAAAUCGAUAGUGAUACAGAUAGUGAUAUCGACACCAAUUAUAAUGACCUCUCCAAUAAACUGCGAGUAAGGCUUCAAUUUGCAUAUUACAAGUACAAAACAAACCAGACCGAUCAAAGGUUUAAGGACAUCAGAAAACACACACAACGAAGACAGGUUGGUAACAUGCAUAACAAAAGACCCAAACUGCCCAAGAGAAAGCUUAUGGUAUCUCAUGGAAAUUUCAAAACGCCUGCAAAGGCAUCGCAUUUACUCGGAACUCAGGAAAGAGAUUCUCCUGCAUCAACAUCAGCAUCAAUUGGAGAACGUUUACGCUUCUGUGAAGCCCCACAAGACGCUGCAACUAUUACAACAACAAUGACGACAACCACCACCAUAACGACGGCAACACCGAUAGGUAAAGUAGGUAAAAAAUUCUUACAACAAGAGACACCAAUGAGUGUUAGAGCAGCUAAAUCUCUAAUCCAUCUAUUCACAAGCAACCAGCAUUGA